AUGCCUUCUAAGCAAGUCUUCUCGACGCCCGACAACGCUCUCUACACCACCUCCAACGGCGCACCCGUCUCCGAGCCGUACGCUGCACAGCGAGCAGGUAUCAAUGGCCCUCUGCUGCUCCAGGACUUCCACCAUAUCGACCUUCUCGCCCACUUCGAUAGAGAACGUAUUCCUGAGCGUGUCGUCCACGCCAAGGGCGCAGGUGCUCACGGGUACUUUGAAGUCACCCACGACCUCUCGGACAUCACGUCGAACAGUCUCUUGACGUCGCUAGGGAAGAAGGUGCGCGCGACGGUCCGCUUCAGUACCGUUGGCGGUGAGUCUGGUAGUGCCGACACUGCUCGUGAUCCACGAGGCUUUGCUAUGAAGCUUCGCACCGACGAAGGCAACAUGGACUGGGUAUUCAAUAACACGCCCGUUUUCUUCAUUCGCGAUCCCGCCAAGUUCCCGCACUUCAUCCAUACGCAGAAGAGAGACCCGCAGACGCAUCUCAAAGAUCCAGAUAUGUUCUGGGAUUAUCUUGGUCAGAACCCAGAGAGUAUCCAUCAAAUCAUGAUUUUGUUCAGUGACCGUGGGACGCCUGAUGGUUUCCAUAACAUGCACGGAUAUUCGGGCCAUACCUUCAAAUGGUUGAAGGAAGACGGCUCGUUUGUAUACACGCAAGUUCACGUUCGCGCCGAUGGUGGUUUCAAGAGUCUUGACGAUGCAACCGCUGGCAAGUUGGCUGGGUCCAACCCUGACUAUGGUAUUCAAAGUAUGUUCGAGGCCAUCGAAUCUGGCAAUUAUCCGUCAUGGACUCUAUACGUCCAAACGAUGACGCCUGAGCAGGCUGAGAAGUUCCGCUACAAUAUUCUGGAUCUCACCAAAGUUUGGCCGCACAAGGAAUUCCCGCUUCGCCCAUUCGGCAAGCUGGUCCUGAACGAAAAUCCACAGAACUACUUUGCUGAGAUCGAACAGGCCGCGUUUUCUCCGUCGCAUCUUACUCCUUACAUCGAACCUUCGGCAGAUCCAGUUCUUCAGUCGCGUUUGUUUUCCUACCCCGACACUCACCGUCACCGACUCGGCACGAACUAUCAGCAGUUACCUGUUAACGCGCCUAUCGUGCCCGUGGCGAACUUCCAAAGGGAUGGGCCACAGACUUUCGUCAGUCAAGGAGCAAGACCCAAUUACCAGAGUAGUAUUAGUCCAUUGAGUUACAAGGGUAGAAAGGCGACGCUUGAUGGGCAUGUGAGGGAUCAAGAUAGGAUUGCCAAGCAUGAGAACUUUAUCGGGUCGGCCUACAGGGACUUACAUGAGAUUAACGAACUGGACUUUGAGCAGCCUCGUGCCCUGUGGGCCAAGGUUUGGAACGACCAGCAACGUGAGGCAUAUGUACAGAAUGUCGCAGCUCAUUUCGGUAACGUCAAGAGCCCUGAGGUUAAGGCUAGACAACUCUCUGUAUGGGCGGCCGUUGACCAAGGCCUGUCUGACCGCAUUGCUAAGGCAAUCGGCCAUCCAUCUGUCAAGCCUCUUGCCUGCAAGCCCGCGAACGAGGCAGUUCAGUUUAAGGCAAACAUUGGGUUCGCGGCUAAGCAGAGGUUGUAA